GAUCCGUACAACGCGAUAUUAUUUUUUUCCUCGCCGCGGGAGAGAAGUCAUCCAUGAACGCGUCACGUGAAAUGAGAUUACCACGUCGUAACGCACGUCCGCAAAAUAACAGAAUACGUAAGCUGUUGUUAUCAGAGUACUGCGAAUUCUCCGAGACGAUCCUGGUUGAGUCGCCGUUUGCGGAAACCACGAGAAAUGGACGUGGGCUACGGCAAGUCGCCCUCGGCCUCACGCCGACCAAACUGAUCGUCGCCGCCGAUGUUCUCCAGACUAAUCCCGGUUUCAUUUGCCCAUCCAAUAUCGACGUCAGUAUCGAGAGUUUUGAACUCGUGUCCGUAUAUCCUCUAGAGUAUGUUACACUCAGUGUGUUCAGGAGAAGACACCGUAGGACAUUAAAGGCAAGAUUCAUUGAUGGCCGAGCUAAUUAUUAUGAGCUCGGUGGCGUGCGGCGUAGAAUGUUUUGGAGGAUCUGGUGCGAGCAGAUACGAAAAUUAUUAGUGGAUAAGAUGGAUGGUAGUUCGUUAUCCGAAACAACAGUAGCGAGUUCGUCGAGUAGUAGCACAUUAUAUUUAGUAUCAUCCAAGAUUGAAGUUAAGAAUAAUCGUGAUGCGAAGAAACCAGCAUUCAGAAUAUGGACUCGUUAUGGAGGCGCUGGUGAUUUCGUUGCUCCCACAUGGACAGACAAGGACUUGUAUCUUGGCCCAUCUUUCAAUGAAUUACUAAAUGGUCAUUACACGCCUGUUCCGGUGAGAUUCGCCGGAGCCAGCUUGCAAGAUCUUAUGUACGAGCUAGAAGAUCAUACUCCGUGUUACGUUACCUGCAAGAAAUCUUGUCAAAGUUGGCCGUGUCAAAUAAAGUUUGAUAGUCAGGCAAAAUCGCGACGUUCCGGAGGACUAUGUAAUGUCAUUUUUACAAGAAAUCGCAGUGCUCAUCAUCACGAUUGCACUCCAAGUUGCAAAAAGUGUAAAAAUAUACUCUCCGAGGAAGAGUUCAUAGAACACGUAGAAAAAAAGUACGAAAAAUACCGACAACAUAGAAAAGGAUCGUCUUUGGCCUCGAAAAUAUCACGUUUCGGUUUCGGUAUACCGGAGAAAUGCAAUUCCGAAUUGAUUCUGGGUCCUUAUCGCGGUGAUUCAGGUUACGUCGACGUCUCUGAGAUCCCGCAUCGUUUCGUCGACCCUCGCAAAUUAAUCGAAAGUGGCGUGACAAUCUGGGAGGAUCACAGAUCCUUCAAGAGUCAGAAACACCCCAGAAGAUAUGCCUUCUCUUCAGCAGCGCAUUUCUUCCACGCGCUGGGACCGUGGUCGGUUCAACCUGGUGAACGCGAAUCCGUGCAAACUCUCAGAUCGCCGAGUGCGGUCAACAUCCGCAAACAACCAUCGGACCCGGAACUCAGACUUCCGGUCUCACGUCGUCAAUUGACAGCCAGUGUUUCUUGCACCGCUUUAACGUCCGGAAGUUCCAGUACCGUUGGUACCGUUACUAGAGGACGAGUGAUUCUCUUCUGGACACCGGAAUAUUGGUACAGACCUCAGGCAGCUGCGACUGCUUACAAAGAGCUAAGGCAUCAUUUGGCAUCUCUUCGAGAUUUUCGAUGCGGAAAAGAGAAGCAAAUGAAAAGGAAGCUCUUCUGCAGACGGAAGAGUCAGAUAUCGGCAGGCGAGAGCGGCAAUUCCGAAACUACAAUUAUGGGAAAAUCCAGCAGUCUAUUAGAACGCGUGCUUUUCAUCAAUGGUACGCGUAAACAGAAUAAGAAGCAGGUUGAAAAUGCGGACAAAGGCACGGCGCAAUUGCGGAAAUUGUUGAAGAUGAAUCUCCGUAUCACUGUGUGGGACUUGGACAGCACAACUCUAGCCGCGCAACUGACGAUGAUCGAUCGCGAUCUCUUCAUUCGCAUUCCCGCAACUGAGAUCGAGGUGCUGAUCCAUCAGAGAUCCUCGCGCAACGCGCCGAAUAUAGGCGCCUGGAUCGCUUUCAGUCACCGAAUUGCUUGUUUGACGGUCAGCGAAAUCCUCGCCAUCAAGCAGCUGGACAUGAGAACCAGGAUCAUGGCGAGAUUCAUCAACGCAGCCGACAAGUGUUUUACCUUCGGCAAUUUUCAGUCCUGCCGAUCUAUCCUGGCCGGUCUGCAGGCUCCGCCAAUUUACAGACUUCGUAGAAGUUGGUCUUACUUGAGGACUCAUCACGCCAACAGAUAUGAGACAAUGGAGAAGCUGUCCAAGAUUUAUAGAAGUCCGCGUUGUUCAAAGUAUCAAAAAACUUGGACUGCAGCAAAACGCAGUCCACCCUGCAUGCCAUAUGUCGGUCAUUUGCUGAUCAAAGUUCUGGAAUUAAAUGGCUGGAGGGAGAUUCAAACAAAUUCUGCAUCUUCUACAAGAAAACAAUUAACCGUGCAAACUGGGACUUUAGAAUCUAUUAACAAUAAUUUCAAUAAUAUUCGCUCCGGAGAUAGACAGGACAUAAUACGAUCCGAGCGAGAUGGAUUUUCGUGUUUAGCCAAACGUAUUUUCGUGGCAACGCUUGCCAGGAUAAAAUUCACGAAACGUCGGAAUACCACCAACGAGAUGACGAACGAUGUCUGGACAUGUAGACAACGAUAUCUGGCGCGCAUUUUUUAUCGUUGGCGUACUUUCACGUUGGAAUCGAAAAUACUCUCGGAGAACGAUAGAAGAUCCAAGAACGUGGAUUUGAAGAGGCAGCACGUUCUCACCAUGGCAAUUUGGUUGACGGACUGUCAAAGAUUUGCGCAGAGCUACAGUUUUCUAAUGAACUCAUUCGCGUGCGAAUAUCUUUUGAAAGCGCGUUACAGAGAGGAUCGCGAAAACUUUUUUAUCAGCCUCAAGUUGGAACCACCGAAGACAACUUGAACGAUAUGUGUUGGAAGAUUUGAUCAAGACUUUAUUGAUGGCAAUUGGUAUGUAACUUUAUCAUAUAUGUUAGCCACGAUUGUUUUUAUUUCGAGCGCGACAAAGCAUAAGAAAUACAUUAGCUAAUAGCGUCGAUUAUUU